GAGAGAUGGAGACACCUUAUUUUAUUCGAUUCUUCUUAAUAAUCUCAAUAGCAUUUUUCAUAUUCGGCUGCUCAACCUCUACGGCUUACCGGAUCACCAAUCUCCGAUCAAGCUCAGUCAUCAACACUCCUGUCCACAAUUCCAGCCAUCACUUAACAGACACACCACUUCACCCACUUGACCCAUUAACCGUACCCGAAAUCAACAAGAUCCGAUCCAUUCUCUCAGCAUUUGAACCGUUUUUAUCCUCCUUCCCAUCCAUUAACACUCUCUCUUUAGAUGAGCCCGAUAAAAGUCAAGUACUCGGUUGGAAACCGGGCGAGCAACUACCGCCCAGAAGAGCAUCGGUUGAAUCCGUUUUAGAUGGACAAACCCAUCUUCUAACGGUUGACUUGGACCUCGGCGUUGUUACACGCCAUGUUGUUAGCAUCGGGUCUGGUUACCCGAUGUUAACAACAGAGGACCAGACAACCGCUUUAGAGGUCCUUUAUUCGGACUUGGAGUUUAACAAGUCUAUCUUGGCUAGAGGGGUUGACUUUAACGAUCUUGUUUGUGGCUCCUCGUCACCAGGCUGGUAUGGCGCGGAUGAGGAGGGAAAAAGGAUCGUUAAAGUCCAGUGUUUUUCUGGUCAAAACACUCCUAACUAUUACAUGAGGCCCAUAGAAGGGCUAACAGCGACGGUGGAUGUUGACAAACGAGAAGUCGUCAAAAUAACUGACACCGGACGAGACAUUCCUAUACCAAAAGAAACUAAUACUGAUUACCUGUAUAGUACUAGAAGCCAGUUUCCGGAUGUGGACCCGGAAACUAACCCUAUGUCUAUGGAACAACCCAAAGGGCCCAGUUUCACUAUAGAAAAUGGGCAUAUAGUGAAAUGGGCCAAUUGGGUUUUUCACAUAAGGCCCGAUAUACGGGCUGGGAUGAUAAUAUCCCAGGCCAUGAUUCGUGCUGAGAAUGGGGAGUAUAGGAGUGUGAUGUACAAAGGGUUUGCGUCAGAAGUAUUUGUACCGUAUAUGGACCCGGAUGAAGCCUGGUACUUCAAGACGUAUAUGGAUGCAGGUGAAUAUGGGCUCGGUGCAACCGCAAUGGCCCUUUUGGAACUGAAUGAUUGUCCAAGAUACUCUUAUUAUAUGGACGGGGUGUUUGCAAGUGCCGAUGGUCGUCCCUUCAUUCGGCCCAAUAUGAUUUGCAUAUUUGAACGUUACGCCGGAGAUAUCGGGUGGAGACAUUCCGAAAUUCCAGUAAUGGGAUUCGAUAUAAGAGAAUCAAGGCCAAAGGUGACCCUAGUAGCUCGAAUGGUAGCCUCCGUUGGAAACUAUGAUUAUAUUUUUGAUUGGGAAUUUCAAACCGAUGGUGUAAUCCGUAUUAAGGUGGGACUUUCGGGAAUGCUCUUGGUGAAAGGAACUCCAUAUGAAAACAUAUACAAUAUCUCCAACAUCGAAGACAUGACUGGGACACUAGUAUCUGAAAACGUGAUCGGUGUUGUUCAUGACCACCACAUCUCAUAUCACCUUGAUAUGGACAUCGAUGGCCCGAACAAUUCAUUUGCCGAGGUCAAUUUGGUCAAAGAAGAAACGUCAUUGGGUCAAUCUCCAAGAAAAAGUUACUUAAAAGCAAAAAGAAAAGUGGCAAAGACCGAAAACGAUGCAAAGAUCAAACUCAAGUUAUAUGACCCAUCUGAGUUUCACGUCUUUAAUCCAACCCGGAGGUCAAGGUUGGGCAAUCCGACGGGUUACAUGAUCAUACCCGGUGGAACUGCUGCUAGCUUGCUAGAUCACGACGAUCCGCCACAAAUUCGGGCUGCUGUUACCAAUAAUCAGAUUUGGGUGACUCCACAUAAUAAAAGUGAAGUAUGGGCUGGUGGUCUUUUGACAUCUCAAAGCAAAGGAGAAGAUACACUUGCUGUGUGGUCUGCUAGGGAUCGUGAGAUUGAGAACAAGGACAUAGUGUUAUGGUAUACAUUGGGCUUUCAUCAUAUACCAUGCCAAGAAGACUUCCCAGUAAUGCCAACGGUUUCAUCGAGUUUUGAAUUGAAACCUGUAAAUUUCUUCGACAGAAACCCCAUUCUUAAUGCAAAACCUACCUUUCAAGAGGAUCUACCUAGAUGUUUUGCUGCUAGCUCUUAGUGAUCCGUUUAUUUUGCUAUAACAUGACAUGGAUCAACAUGAAGUUACGCGCGUUUAGGUUUGGCCUAAAUGGAUCGUAGUUAUAAACGGAUGGACACGUUACCACAAUCUUAAGUGUUAACAUGGGCUGUGGUGUAUAACAUGUUUAUGACACUCUUAACUGGUUUAAAUAAAUGUGUUUAGCAAA